AUUGAUUAUAUUACUGAAAAAGUUGAUUCAUUCUCUAUAGUAUGGUACUAACUUUGUGUUGUGUACAAACAAAAAAGUCGCUUUCUGAUAAGGGAGGAGUUCUUGGUUGUUGAUUGUGCACGGACGAGAAUUCAUAACUUACUAUCAGCCUAGAACGAAAAAUCUUUUCUGGGUUCAAUCAGUGUCAACGCGGUUCUAGCGAGCACUGAUCGGGGUUUCGUAAUAAGCGCGUUGUGAGGUAACAUGCAGACGGUGCAGAGCUUAAAAGAUGGAAUCUGGAAUCUGCCCAAUACAGUGACUAGUUUCCUUGCAAAAGAGGAGGUAGUUCUCAGUGCGAAUAGUGAUGAUAGCAGCAACAAUAAUAACAACAACGGGAGCAGCAAAUCGAUGACUAAUAGUGAUGUUAGUGGAAAGAGUAAUCCCGAUCAGAGUAACGCCGAUGACAUCACCGACAAAUCCGAUUCAGAUGAGGUGCUCGUUGAGGAAGGUGUUACUUUGGGGACUUCCAGUUCGGUUCUGUCCAGCGAUGAAAGCUCACUGGAACGGUCCCAUGCCAUCCCAUACGCACUCAUUAAGGAACAAUGGCAACUGGUGUUGGAUCAGGAAGAAACCGUCACUAUUCCUCAGAUGGAAUCGGCCAUUCAGAAGUGCAAGGACCUAGUCCUGCAGACUACGGAGGACUCCAUCGAGCGGAAAUGGUUGGUACGGCAUCUGAUCGAGCUGCGGCAUCGACUCAGAGAACUUCAGGACGUGGAUAGCGAUCCGGACGCGGAGCCUCCGGACACGAGGGUCAUCCUUGGACAUCACUUUGUCAAAUGCGGCGGCAAUAGCUCGGCUAAACGAAAGUUACACUGCGACCAUUGCGCGGGCAUUAUUUGGAAUGUGAUGCAGCCGUCUUACGUCUGUGCUGAUUGUUCUUUUGUCGCUCAUCACAAGUGCAUACCGAGCGUGAUAAGGAUUUGUGCUCACGUAAUCACCACCGAACGGAACCGUCCGAUCGAAUGCAUCUGCCCGGAGAUAGGAUUGGCGUUUCAGAAGUACACCUGUGCCGAGUGCGGGACGCAGCUUAGCUAUAGUAAGUAUGCUUGGAAUCUUUUGUAUGGUAUACAAGCCAACCUUGAUACCUUGUUGGCUACUAAGUAACUUUACUCCAAGCCGAACGUAUAGUAGAGCACCAUAUUCGUCGGUAUUGGGCGAUGUUUCCCGAACGCGUAGGGAUCGCUGCCCGAAUAAAAAAUACAGUAGAAAAACCGAAUGUUGUAUUGUAAUAGUACUAUUUAGAACCAUAUUGUUACAAUAAACACCACUGUAAAAAUAAAAAAUACAAAAACAUUAAGAUGUAAUGUAGACACAAUAUACUAUACGGGUUGUUAAGUAUCGUAACAAUAUAACAAAUAUUUUUCUCCAUAUAUAUAUUUUUACAAAACCAUACAUUUUAUUGUAAAUGAAUUGUUAGAAAUACUGAUACGUGGGCUUUAAUAUACCGUACAUUGUAUGGUACACGUAUGGUUUCAAACAAUAAAAUGUACCGUAAAUAUAUUGUUUUUAAUUGAAUUUCACUACUGGUUAUAAAUUUCAUGGUUUUAGAAUGGUUCUCUUUUGUUAUGUUGUAUUGUUUUACUAGAUAAACCAUAUAAUGUUAUAUUAUCUCGUCAUGUUCCUUCGUUAAUGGCAGUUCUAGCCAAACUAACCUAAACUCGUCUAAGUCUGAG